AUGUCGACACCCGAGCAUGCCGAGGCGCCUUCUCCGCCUCUAGGAAGAGUGAAGUCAGUUGCUUCCUAUACUUAUGAUAACAUCACAGGGUGGAAAAGCGUACGUAUCCUUCGGAUUGGAAGGGGGAUGUAUCAUGAUGUCCGGAGACGUCUUCCUUACUACUGGAGUGAUAUUCGCGAUGCAUGGACGUACAGAACUGUCGCCAGCAUCGUUCGCAUGUACUUUGUGAAUAUGCUCCCAGCCAUAGCCUACACUCUGGAUAUGCACCGGAGAACUGGUGAAUUCUAUGGCAUCAACGAAGCACUCUUCUCAUCUGCCCUGGCCGCGAUGGUAUUCAGCAUCCUUGCAGUGCAGCCACUUACCAUCGUCGGCAUUACAGGGUUGAUCUCUUUGUUCAACUACACCAUAUACGACAUCAUAAAAAUCUAUGACCCCUCGAUAUACCCCCAAUUCAUGUGUUGGGUUGGUAUCUGGGGAGCCAUAUUCCACUGGAUUGUUGCUCUGUGCAACAUGUGUGACUACAUGCGCUACGCCACGGAUUUCUCCAGUGAAACAUUCGGCUUUUAUGUCGGGACCAUUUACAUCAGCAAGGGCGUGGAGGAAUUGAUCAGCGAGUUCACUAGCAAAGGGUCUGCCAGUGGCUUCGUGAGUUGCAUGAUCGCAAUACUCUAUUUCUUGACGAUCUACAGUCUGGAGAUCAUCGGGUCAAGUACCGUCUGGACGGCUGCUUUUCGGGGUUUGCUAGCGGAUUAUGCAUAUGUGAUCGGCACCAUUUUCUGGGUGGGAUUUUCGCACAUCCCUGGCCCUCUCAAAGCGGUGGAUAUGACCCGUGUUCCUAUCAGCAAAGCCUUCUACCCAACGCAGCCGCGAGGCUGGCUGAUUCACUUUUGGGAACUGGACGCUAAAUGGAUCUUUGUGGCGCUGCCAUUUGGAUUCCUGGUUAUGUUGCUUUUCUACUAUGAUCAUAACGUCAGUAGCUUGACAGCACAAGCACGGCAAUUCCCACUGAAAAAGCCUGCUGGAUUCCAUUGGGACUUCUUUCUUCUCGGAUGCACCACCUUUAUUUCGGGCAUCAUUGGUAUUCCUUUCCCUAACGGUUUGGUUCCGCAAGCACCCGUACACACAGAUUCAUUGACAGUCUACGAGACGGACCUCUGUAUUGUGCCAACUGAGGAAGGAGAAGGGGCCGAGAUUCGCCGUCCAGUGGUCAAGGCAGCUGCAGUGAUAGAACAACGCAUAUCGCAUUUCGUCAUGGGGCUGGCUAUUAUCGGCACUAUGACAGGACCCCUCUUGAUCGUUCUCCACACUAUGCCUGCUGCGGUGUUCGCAGGCGUGUUUUUCACUGUUGGAUGGGGCUCUGUUGGUUCUAGCGGCAUCAUGCAAAAAGCGAUUCACCUUAUUCAGGAGAACCGUUUCGUGCAACGUGACGAACCUCUGUUGAAAGUGCGGAACCGCAAGGUCUUGCUAUGGAUUUUGUGUCAGCUCAUUGCGGUUGCGGCAUGCGUUGCCAUCUCCGAGACAAUUGCUGCUAUCGGCUUUCCCGUGCUGAUCAUUGCUCUAAUUCCCAUUAGGGUCUUUAUCAUUCCUAGGUGGUUUUCUGGGGAUGAACUCCAUGUCCUAGAUGAUAUGACGGCCAACAAUAAGGCCGUUCUAGCCAGUCUUGGUGGACCACCCAUAUUCCCUGGAGAGAAGCGUGUUCAGGACUAUGGAAUCGAGCGCCGCCACUCGGAGCAGAAGAGGGGAAUUGAGAGACAAAGAGCUGGCAGUAUUCAUCGUUGA